GAGGGUGGACAGAAGUUUAAUUUCAAAUUGCCACCCGUUUGAGGUCAGUCGAGUUGAAGCCUUCCUUGGAAGCGGAUUGAAAAUUAGCUAGCUAUUUUCGCUAAAUACUAAACUAGUCAUGAAAUUCUUCUUGUGUUUGCUGCUGGCCAUCGCCGGACAGUCGUUGGCCCAAAGCCAGGAUGAGUUCGUCGAUUAUCUGCUGGAAAUUCAGGCCCAAGCCGAAACCGUCCACCAGCUGAUGGAGGGAACUUUCGAUAACAUGCGUUUCACCAUGAGCGACCAGCUGAUUGAUCUGAACCGUGACUUGAUUGCCCGCAUGAACAGCGCUCUCGAGGAAGUUGAACAGAUCAAGGAAGAUACUGAAGAACUGGUUGAAGGCUCGAGCGCCCAGCAGGCUUGUCUGGAUGUGGCCACCGCCAACUGGGAACUCGAAAUUGAAUGGGUUGGACAGGCUCUGCAGCGUUGCGCCUCUCAGGCUAACUUGGACAUCACUGGAGCUACCGCUGAUGUGCACAGCGCCAUUGAAGAUGCUCAGGUCCAAUCCACCGAACUACAGAACAUCGUCGUCCGAGGAUUCAUCGACUGGAACGCCAUCGACUACACCGAGUCGAUUUCGACUAUUGUGGGUGCUCAGAUCAACGAGAAGUACGAAUACUUCCAGCAGACCACUCAGCCCGCUUUGGAACGUGCCCUCCAGGAAGUCUUCGACCUGAGAACCGAAAUGCUGCCACGCAUCAUGACCUGCGUCGACCGCGGAGUGGAACGCUUCAACAACUACGCUCGCGUCAUUCGUGAUACUCUCCACUUCUGCCAGUAAAGUAUUUCUCUGUCGGUAUAAGGUCGAAGAUUAUGGAAUAAAAAAACUAGUUACGUAAAA